UUUGGUACUAAAAUAUUGAAUUGCUUUCGAUGCCUGCCCAAAACCAUAGCACGGAUAAGUGCGCGUAUUUUCCUUGUAAAGAAGAAACCGUUGAAAAAAUGUGUGCGUAGUGAAAGAUCCAUCGUUUGAUUUAAUCGUAUGUGUCCGGUUAUCCGUGCGAAUUUAUUUCAAUCAAUUUUGACGUAUUUUCUAAACAAAAUUAACAAAACACCAUGGAUAAGAGAAAAAUGUCCACUGCGGGGGAUUCCCUCUAUCAAAUAUUGGAUAUACCAAAGACAGCGACACCUGAAGAAAUAAAGAAAACUUAUAGAAAACUAGCGCUUAAAUAUCAUCCUGAUAAAAAUCCAAAUAAUCCUGAAGCGGCAGAAAAGUUUAAAGAAAUAAAUAGAGCGCACACCAUAUUAACGGAUUUAACAAAGCGAAAUAUAUACGAUAACUAUGGAUCACUUGGCUUGUACGUUGCCGAACAGUUUGGAGAAGAAAACGUUAAUGCUUACUUUGUUGUAACUUCUGGAUGGUGCAAAGCACUACUCCUAUUUUGUGGAAUAAUCACUGCUUGUUAUUGUUGUGCCUGUUGUUGUUGCUGCUGCAACUGCUGUUGUGGGAAAUGCAAACAAACUCCUCCCGAAGACAGUGGUAUAUACCAUAAUUUACAGCGGGACCAGAAUCCGGACGUCAAUGUUGUGACAAGUCAACCCUUAAGGUUCGCAAAGGAAGAAGAAAGCGAUGAAGAACCAGUGACUGUACAACCUCAGGGUGCUGCAUCGCAAGGUGCCACCUCUAAUCCUCAACAGGUGUUUGCAAUGCCACCACCUCCAUCCUCAGCACCUGCGAAUGAGAGUACGAACCUGAACAGCGGUGGGGAUCGUGUGAUUUAUACUACUGCUGCUUCAACGAAUCCUUUCAUAGCAUCGACAACUGGAGUAAGCAGUGGUACAGGACCAACUAAAUGGUAGUCGUCUAUUGAUUAAGAAAACAAUGAAAACUACUAACAAAUAGAUCUAUUGCGAUAAAUGCUACGGUGAUGAUGAUGAUGAUGAUGAUGAUGAUUAUAACGACAGCAAUGAAUAAUCUCUUUCUUAACAACUAAAAUCACAGACUUUUGCGUACUUAAUCAAUUCGAGUCCGUGAUAAAAUUAUGUGCUUCUUCUUCUAAUUACUAUUACAAUACACGAUACACAAAUACUCUUUUCGCUUUUCUUUCUCUAGAUUCUAAACGCUCGUGCUUUUUUCAAAAGAAUUUAUAAACACAAUAUAAAAAUAAAAU